GCUUAAAAAAUCAACACGUACUGAGUGCAUAAAAAGUUCGUUUUUUAUUUAUGCGUGUGGAUCAUUUAUAAUAUUGCUAUUUCUUUUCAACAUUUGUAAACAGCAGAAGGUCGGUCACGCUAUUUAUCACACUUUAACAAAUGUAAUUAAAGUAACGCAGAGCUAGUGACAUACGUCAAAGUGUAUCUUAUUGUCAAAUUUUUUUUAUCAUCAUAACAAUUGUAAUUCAAGCCCUAUAAAAAUCCUAAUGCCAGGGAGAAGCUUUAAUUUUUGACUUUGGUGCAAAAUGUCAGAAGCUGUCAAAUGUCAAAAACAGACUGAGGUUAGUUGAAGGACCAUGUUAAGAAUCGUAGCUGUUUCAGUCGUUUGUUUCAUUUUAACUGAUUGCUAUAAAAUUCACAAGAAAUGGGUGGAUUUAGAAAAUGCAAUUUUUACGUUUAACUGCACGAAUAGAGCGAUCGGUUUUUAUGCCGACGUUGAAUACAAUUGUCAAAUCUUUCACAUGUGCGAUCUGGAAAAACGAAGAAUACCGCAUGUGUGUCCAAACAGCACCAGUUUUAACCAGGAGUACAGGGUUUGCGACUGGGAGAAUACUUUCGAUUGCUCGGAUGCUCCAAAAUGGUACUUUUUGAACGAGCGCACUUAUGCCACCGAUCCUCCGAAGAACGUUGAAAAAGACUACAUCGGCAACAAUUAUAAUAAGAACCUCUGACCAUGAGUUGAUGUUCUAAUUAUUUAAUUUAUUGUAAUAGAUUAUGAGUCUGCAGUUCUUCUUGUUUGUAACAGAUGCCACUGGUCUUGAACAUGGCAUGUGCAGCGGCUA